AUGAAGUGCGGCGACCUCCUAAGCUGCGCCGUCGGCAAGGACUGCCAGAGUGGCGUGUGCGUUGUGGGCCAGUGCGCGGCGCCCACGUGCAAGGACGGAGUAAAGAACGGCGACGAGACUGACGUCGACUGCGGCGGCAGCUGCCCCAACAAGUGCGCCGACCUCAGCGGCUGCGCGGCCGGCGGCGACUGCUCCAGCGGCGUCUGCACCAGCAGCAAGUGCGCGGUGCCCAGCUGCAGCGACGGCGUGAACAACGGCGCGGAGACGGACCUUGACUGCGGAGGCAACUGCACCACCAAGUGCAACGACACGCUCGCCUGCGGCGCUGCAAGCGAUUGCAAGAGCGGCAUCUGCCUGGCCACGGGCACUUGCGCCGUGCCGGCCUGCGACGACGGCGUGCAGAACGGCCCCGAGACCGACGUCGACUGCGGCGGCAGCUGCCCUGACCUGUGCGGCGACUCGGCGGGCUGCCUGGUCAAGACGGACUGCUACAACAGCGUGUGCGUGGGGGGCCAGUGCGCGCCGGCCAGCUGCUUCGAUGGCGUGAAGAACGGGGACGAGACGGAUACAGACUGCGGCGGCAACUCGUGCGCGCCGUGCAUGGGCCAGCUGAGCUGCUCGAGCGACAGCGACUGCUACAGCAACCAGUGCGUGUUCUCGUGA